CAAGCUUAAAAGCUCAGUCACGUCUCGAUAGCGGACAGUAAAGGUUACCUGCUUCAACAGUGCUUGAACGGCAACCUUUCAUCUGUCUUUAUUUCAUCGCUAAAACCAAAAGAACUGGAAUUUAUUCUUUUUUUAAAAAAAAGAAACCCCUGGUUGACUUUGUUUUCGAAAAAUUGCUUUCUCUCGCAGGCUAAACUCUUUGUUUUGCUAACGUCGCGCAUUAUUUGAAGCAUUUCGACAUUUUCGCAAACAAAGACCGCUCACGAUUAAGAACAAUGAGUUCCCAGGUGAGACAGAACUUCCACCAGGAUUGUGAGGCUGCAAUCAACAGGCAGAUCAACCUCGAGCUGUAUGCCUCCUACGUCUACCUGUCCAUGGGUUACUACUUUGACCGGGAUGACCAGGCUUUACACAAUUUUGCCAAGUUCUUCCUUAACCAGUCCCACGAGGAGCGCGAGCAUGCAGAGAAGCUCAUGAAACUUCAGAACCAGCGGGGUGGUAGGAUCUUCCUUCAAGAUGUCAGGAAGCCUGAACGGGAUGAGUGGGGCAGUGGUCUCGAAGCUCUUGAGUGUGCCCUGCAGCUUGAAAAAAGCGUCAAUCAGUCACUUCUGGACUUGCACAAACUGUGUGCCGAUCACAAUGACCCACAUCUGUGUGAUUUCAUCGAGACCCACUACCUUGACGAGCAGGUGAAGUCCAUCAAAGAGCUGGGAGACUGGGUAACCAACCUACGCCGCAUGGGUGCCCCACAGAACGGGAUGGCAGAGUACUUAUUUGACAAACAUACUUUGGGCAAGGAAAGCAGCUAAAUCCCUCCACAUUGCUUUGUUUACAUCUUGCUUUGUGUUUGAAGAUGUUGAAUCCAUCUUUAUGCUUUUGGCCAGUAUGUUAGUAAUUUAGUGACUUAUCCUCAUGUUAACCUUGCUUAAAUGAACUUGUGCUCUCUGAAUUAGUUUUGUGACAUGGCUUGCUGUACCUGGCACCACCCGGCCUCCUCAUUAUGGUAUUCCUAAGAAAUGUUUGACACUGCGAGGUGUCGAUCAGACCAAAUAAACCCUGAAAGAUGA